UGUAAGCUAAAGACCAUCGUUGAAAUUCGCUAUUCUUCGUUUGAGAUCGUUAGACCUGAUCUGAGCGCGAGGUCCAUGCCGCUAGAAUCUUUCUUUUGUUUGGUUCUUCCAUCCCUUGGUUGCCAGCGCAAAAUAUUGCUAACAAAUUGGAAGUAAUAGUAGCAGUAAAUCUGGAGCUGAACGUGUCAGACGAAGACUCAGUUUUGGCGGAAAGGGUGUUGGAUCUUAAUAUCAAACAUAACAUAGUAAAAGGGCUAUGAAGAAUAGGCUGGGUUGGCCUGUCGCCGAUUAUUAUAAUGCUCUUAAAUUGUUUCUUGGAGAUCUGAGAACUGGCCUUUUGAUAAUAUCUAUCUAAAACUGACGUUGAAGCUAAGAAGCUGCUGAACAUCCAUCAAUUUGUGAGGUGCAAGCGUACGAAACUCUUUAGGGUCACAUUUUGUAAACUGCCUGAAUGAAGAGGGAUAAAAUGCUGCAUUUUGUAUCGGUGAAACCCAUAAAAGAUCCCACCUAUGAAGAGCUUGAUGAAAUUAGCCGAUGCGUUCAUUUCGAUGACUUCGAAAAUGCCGUUCGCAAGAAAUACCUUGCGCCGCAGUCACUCAUCAACAGCCACAGGCAUCUCCAACGACAGGUUCUGUGGUUCGCACCAUCGCAGUCCAGCUCGGAGCACAAUUUCUACGGUAACGUCAGUUUCACCAUCAAGUGGGAGACCGUGCUAGAGAAACUGGGGCCAAAUCUUUACCUUCUCGACCAGGCAGUCUAUAACGACAGAAGUUUCACUCGAGUCCUAGUAACUAAAAACAAUUAUGACGGAAAGUUGAAGAAAGUCAGACUGAAUUCAAAUGAUACGCCUAUGACAAAAUCAGAUUCUGGUUUUCGCCACGUUUCGUAUUGCGAGAACAAUGAACGCGGAGGUCCUCACGAGCUGCAGAUCGCGAUCGAGGUAGACGCUGCUGACGCGAAAUGGCUGUACUCGGAGUGUAAAGUGUCUUCAAAUAAUCAUUCUGAUGUAAAUAGUCUUCAUUCAGGACACAACGCUAGAAAUUCUGGGACAAUCUCAAACUUUGAAUCCUUCAAAUGCUUCAAAUUUAAUACAGCGCAGAAGUGUCAAUGUCCCUACCCAUGGACUCAAGAUCAGUGCGAGGAACGCACCAGGGCGCUACUGAGACCUGUUUACCCAGCUCAAAAUUCUCGCCGUGACCAAGUCCGUUCGGCUCCGGCACCUUUGCAAACAGGUCGAACUAGGCCGGCAAUGACGAAUUCAAGUCGCACGCUCGCAAUUCGCGGACGAAUUGGCCGAACAUGGCGGUGGCGUCGCACGUUAUCUCGCAGAAAUGUGCGAAUGUUGCAGUAGCUUGGACAUGCUUGUCUUGGGGCGAUGCUGGCGCAACCGUUGGGGCAGGCUUGUACGAAUGUUAUGAUUGGUUUGAGAUGCAGAGUUUAGCAAAUCAAAUGCAGUGUUUUACUAUUAAUUCUCUAUCCUGACAAAACUGCAGCAACUGGUCUUGAUUAUUGCUGAUCGUUGCCACUGCGUUCAAGUGUCAGUGCGGUGUUGAUAUUCUUCUAAACUUUUAUUAUUAAUGUCGAAAAAAAUUUUUCUUGAAGUGGUAAUCGAGUACAAACAUUAGGGAAUUUUGAUAUUUUGUGAAAUAUAAAGAUUUACUGCAUGUGUGAUGAAUCUUGAUUGUUUAUAUUUAAAUUUCA